AACAAAAACAUAUAUAACUGUUACAUUAAAUAGCACGUUAUUACAACAUUGCCGUAGCUUUUGUUUAGUUAGCUAAAUUUAAAGAAAAAAUACGCACGUAUUUGUUUCAAAACACGCAGUCGUGAACGCAAACUUUUUUUAAAUUAUUUUUGUUUACAGUGACGCACCAAUUCUGCGACAAUCCAGGCGAAGGCAUCAUGGCGGCCCCUAUUGAGAAGAAGCGUGGUCUUGAACAUUUGGACGAAUAUGAGCCAAAACCUGCCAAACAUCUCCGCAGCCUGCACGACCGCAUGGCAGAGAGGAGGCUGGUUGUUAUUCUGGAGGGAGCGUCGUUAGAAACCGUGAAGGUCGGAAAAACCUUUGAGCUGUUAAACUGUGACCAACACAAAAAUAUGAUCGUCAAAAGUGGAAGGAAUCCGGGACAUAUAAGACCAGACAUCACACAUCAGUGUCUACUCAUGUUGAUGGACAGCCCACUGAACAGGGCAGGCCUGUUGCAGGUUUACAUCCAUACAGAGAAGAACGCUUUGAUAGAAAUCAACCCACAGACCCGCAUCCCUAGAACUUUUACUCGCUUCUGUGGCCUUAUGGUUCAGCUGCUGCACAAGCUGAGUGUCAGAGCUUCUGACGGCCCUCAGAAACUUUUGAGAAUGAUUAAAAACCCAGUGUCUGACCAUCUGCCUCCCGGCUGCCCCCGCAUGUCCACCUCCUUCUCUGCUGCUGGAGAUGCCAUCUGUCCUCGGUCUUUGGUGCCAGAGGGACCGGCUGCAGUGGUGAUUGGAGCCUUUGCACAUGGAGCGGUGAAUGUGGACUAUACAGAGAAGACGGUGUCCAUCAGUAACUACCCUCUCUCUGCGGCACUGACCUGUGCUAAAAUGUGCUCUGCCUUUGAGGAAGUGUGGGGUGUCCUGUGACAAACGGUCAAUAAUCUUCUGGUGUUGACCCGGCAGAGACAGUAUGGACUUUUUUUAAUGGACUAGGAAUGGAUAUGAUGUCCAUUCCACAUGGACCACAGACAUGUAUCCUGUUAUACACUGAAUGUGUAUACUUGUAUGAUGGUGUUUGGCCACCAUGUGAAAAAACAACAAGUUUAUGUACCAAGUGUUCCUUUUUCAUUGUGUGGCUGUAUUUUAUACCAUUAUCAAUUGCACCAUUUACUGAGUUUUGGAUAAUCAAUCAAUACAGUUGCAUUAAAAUAUUUGACUAAA